UUUGCAGUGGAUGAGUAUUGGCAUGGGUUGAAGUUGAAGCAGCCCCUUGAUGAGUUGUUUAAAGAGUGGCACUGGUUUUCCAUUACCAGGGUCAUUAAGGACAAGCCUCAGUUUAAGUUUAAGGGGAAGAAUGAGUCAUAACAGUAACGGGGCAAAGAUUAAAAGUAGUAGAAUUCUACACCAUCUCUAUGAGAAGCAGAGACAGAGUCCUUACUAUGACAAUCUCUGUCGCCCUGUUUCAGAUUUGCUUCCAUUCAUUGCCAAUGGAAUCAGAGGUGUCACUACCAAUCCAGCGAUUUUUGAAAGAGCUAUUUCAUCCUCAAAUGGUUACGAUGAGCAGUUGAGGAACUUGGUGGAGGCAGGGAAGGACGUAGAAAGUGGCUACUGGGAAAUGGUUGUGAAGGACAUACAAGAUACUUGCAAACUCUUUGAGCCAAUUUACAAUGAAAAAGAUGGUGUAGAUGGUUAUGUUUCUGUUGCAGUUUCCCCCAAGAUAGCAAAUGAUACCAAGGGGACAAUUGAGGCAGCAAAAUGGCUUCAUAAAAUGGUUGGCUGUCCAAAUGUCUAUAUUAAAAUUCCAGCCACUGAUGAAUCCAUUCUUUCAAUAAAAGAGGUUAUUUCUUCGGGGAUAAGUGUAAAUGCCACUCUCAUAUUCUGUCUCCCUAAAUAUGAAGCAGUAAUUGAUGCUUAUUUGGAUGGGCUUGAGGCUUGUGGCAUGACUGAUCUCUUUAAGGUUUCUAGUGCAGCAGCUUUCUACAUCAGUAGAGUGGAUGUUACAAUUGACAAGAAACUUGAGCAAAUUGGUACCUCUGAGGCUCUUGAACUCAAAGGAAAGGGUGCGGUUGCUCAAGCUGUCUUAGCUUACCAACUUUACCAGAAAAAGUUUUCUGGUCCCAGAUGGGAACACUUGGAGAAGAGAGGUGCCAAGAAGCAGAGGUUGAUGUGGGCUUCAACAAAUGUGAAAAAUCCAUCUUACCCGGACACAUUUUAUGUUGAUUCUCUUAUUGGACCAGAUACAAUUUCAACCAUACCAGAGCAAGCUCUUAAUGCAUUCAUGGACCAUGGUAUUGUUUCAAGGAGUCUUGAUGAACAAGUAUCAGAGGCUGAAGACAUUUACAAUGCAAUUGAGAAGUUGGGUAUUGAUUGGAAUGAAGUUGGAUCACAACUGGAACGUGAGGUGCUGGAUUCUUUCACAAAAAGCUUUCACAAUGUGCUUGAAUGCAUGCAGAAGAAGACCAAGACUGCGGAUUUCAUCAGCAUAAAAUUAUAAACCGUGCUAAGGUUAACUAGCACAAGCCUAAGCCAAAAAUAUUUCCCUCCCACCCCCACACCUUUUUUUCUUUCUUUCUUUCUGUGACACUGGUUGCAUAUGCAGCAUGCGCUUGAUGCUACCGAAGCUUAGAACUUAGGCGUGUAACUAAAAUAAUAUUGUGAACCAGAUGAUUAAACAUAAAAUAUAUAUAUAUAUAUAUAUAUAUGUUAAUAUAAA